CGCGCUGUCCCGUCCUCCGACACCACACCCCGAGCCGGGGCCCCAGCGACCGGCUCGGACUCCCUCCUAGGCGGGGCUGGAGGGCAAUGGGAUCGCCUUCGGGGUGGGGGGGACACUCCUGAACCCCACCGAGGGCUGAAGCGGUCACUUCCGCCUCGGGCCUUCCCACUCUGAGCGCAGUGCGGGGGAGCAGAUGCCCUCCUGGAACGAUUACCCUUUCCCUGUGGCCUUUGGCGGAAACGGAAGGUCCACAGGCAAGGCCGGCAGAACAAGAUGAAGCUCAUCAUCCUGGACCACUAUUCUCAGGCCAGUGAGUGGGCCGCCAAAUACAUCAGGAACCGCAUCAUCCAGUUUAACCCAGGACCAGACAAGUACUUCACCUUGGGGCUCCCCACCGGGAGCACCCCACUUGGCUGCUACAAGAAGCUAAUUGAGUACUAUAAGAAUGGAGACCUGUCCUUCAAAUAUGUGAAGACCUUCAACAUGGACGAGUAUGUGGGUCUUCCUCGAGAGCACCCAGAGAGUUACCACUCCUUUAUGUGGAACAACUUCUUCAAGCACAUUGACAUCCACCCAGCAAACACCCACAUCCUGGAUGGGAAUGCAGCUGACCUGCAGGCUGAGUGUGACGCCUUUGAAGAGAAGAUCCAGGCUGCAGGCGGGAUUGAGCUGUUCGUUGGAGGCAUCGGCCCUGACGGACACAUUGCCUUCAAUGAGCCGGGCUCCAGUCUGGUAUCCAGGACCCGUGUGAAGACACUGGCCAUGGACACCAUCUUGGCCAAUGCUAGGUUCUUUGAUGGAGAUCUCGCCAAGGUGCCCACCAUGGCCCUGACGGUGGGUGUGGGCACUGUCAUGGAUGCCAGAGAGGUGAUGAUCCUCAUCACAGGUGCUCACAAGGCGUUUGCUCUGUACAAAGCCAUUGAGGAGGGAGUGAACCACAUGUGGACUGUGUCUGCCUUCCAGCAGCAUCCCCGCACCGUGUUUGUGUGCGAUGAGGAUGCCACCCUGGAGCUGAAAGUGAAGACCGUGAAGUAUUUCAAAGGUUUAAUGCUUGUUCAUAACAAGUUGGUGGACCCCUUGUACAGUAUCAAAGAGAAAGAGACAGAGAAAAGCCAGUCUUCUAAGAAACCAUACAGUGACUAGCCUGUGCUGAUCCUAGUGCCAAGCACCUCAGCGGGACAGGCAGGUCUCUCUGGAAAUUCUCUUGAGGACAGAAUUGUGUUUUUUAAUCCAGUACAAUUACUCCGGAUGAAUGGGUGAACUUAACUGUUCUUGGCUCUGCAGUGUGGAGCCUAUUUGCGGAGUUUAGCUAUGGGAGAAAUGACUUGUCUGUAACUUACUAAUCAGAAAAAAAAUCACUCCAUAUUUUGAUGUCUGCUCUACACAGAUUAGGGGGUUUCGGCUUUUUGUUCUGCCUGACCCUGUUCACGCGUACAACACACUCCUGUUGGGAAUCUAUCAUGUGCAGGUUCUCGGCUGGGGAAACAGAGGCUUACUGUAUGGACAAACCCUCUUUGGAGAGGCUUCAGGGCCCCUCUUGAGCAGGCCUGCCCCUUAUUUGAGAAUCACUGCUCCAGGUGAAGGGACGAACUCUCAGUGUCUAAGAUCAGCAUAAGGAGGCAGUCCCUCUGGUCAGUAACAAGUGCCAUGGAAAGAAAACUGCCCCUUUCUUUCCUCGGUUUCUCUCUCUCUCUCUCCCUCUCAGUUGGCCUUUCCAUGAACCCUGAGGACUCCUUGGGGGAGGACUUGGGAGGGAAGGGCUAAAGAGAAGGCUUUGCUGAUAAGCUCGGAGCCUUGAGAGGCUCAGCAACGUCAAAGUCCUCUCCCCCAGGGACCCUUCAGCACCCGAGGAGGGCGAGACAGGCAGAAACCCUUUUCCCACCAGAGCCCUGUGUUUUUGUUCCAAGGCCUCCCAGUGGCACCCCCUUUUACAUACUCAUUAAUAUAAGUACAAGGUCCACUGGGGCAACAGACGCUGGCACGGUUUCAAUGUGGGGUUCAGCCAAGGUGCUAGGGGCGGGGCAAGCAGCUCAGUGAUGAGUUUAGUCACGACACGAGUGACCUGCUCUCCUGCUUCCCUAGGAGCCAAGACAACAUACAAAUGCUUCUAAGGUUGCCUUUCCCACCUAAACUGCCCCUCACCUCUCGGGUUCAUGUUGUGUGCUCUGAUGUUUCUAGAACAUCAGGAAAUGGAGCCCUUUUGUCCCUUUAUCCUUUACCCCUGCUCACAAGAUGAGUUUAUUGCUCUGUCUUCCUUUUACCCUCUUAAGCCUCCCCCCACUACCUUGGUGCCUGUUUCAAGCUGCCGCCGCCUCUGUUUCUCAUGAAGAUCUUUCAGAGCCAGCUCGAGCCUCUAAGUGCUGUUUGGUACCAGCAUUUUGUCUUUUCAUGUGUGAUUGUGCUAUCAUUCUAUUUUAACCUGACAGAUCAAUAGGCUUGUUUACAAUGUGAUAUUUUCUAUUAAAUCCAGUGUUUUCAAAUUUGUCAUUUAUGGACUUCUACCACCCCCACCCUCCCAAAGGUUAGAAGAUGAUCUGGGUUCAAAUAUAUUUUGGGAAUAGCUGGUGAACAAAGCUUUACACUCACUCUCACAACCUCUCUGCAGGAAGUCAUGAUCAUAGCAACUGUAGAUCUUUUUCACUUACUGGCGGAAAAGAAAAUAUGUCAUAAAAGUGAGGUGAGCCGAAACCGGUUUGGCUCAGUGGAUGGAGCGUCGGCCUUCGGACUCAAGGGUCCCAGGUUCGAUUCCGGUCAAGGGCAUGUACUUUGGUUGCGGGCACAUCCCCAGUAGGGGGUGUGCAGGAGGCAGCUGAUCGAUGUUUCUCUCUCAUCGAUGUUUCUAACUCUAUCCCUCUCUCUUCCUCUCUGUAAAAAAUCAAUAAAAUAUAUAAAAAAAAAAAAAAGUGAGGUGAAAAGCGCCUGUGUGAAAAAUGGUAGGAAUGAAAAGUUGAGCAAUAAAUUGUUCAUGUUCUAACUGUACUUGGGAUCCAAACAAGGAUACAGCUGUUAAAAAGAAUAAGGCAGAUCUGUGACCAGGAGGGAUAUAAAAAUAAAAACUUGCAUGGUAUGGAAAAUAGGUUUACUUUUUUUGUUUGUUUUUAAAGUUAAAAAUCAAUAUAAUGGCUUAUCUUAAGUCAGUAUAACUGAAGUACAAGUAGAAGUUGGAA